CUUUCCGGUACGUCGGUGUGAUAAACUUUGUGUCAGCUUACGGGAGUAACUGUCAAUGUGUUUAUUUCAAAUAAUGACAAAAUGCCAGAAGAUAUGUAAAUAGCCUGAACAUUGUUUUCCCUUGGAAACAUGGCUUUCAUUCAUCUCCCAGACAUUGUUCGUUAUGCUUGCACUUGUGGUUCGUUGAAACCAAUUUCGAGGAUAUACUUUUGCAGGCACUGUCUGAAAGUAAGAUGUGGAUACUGUGUUCUACACGAGGUGGAUUCCCAUUACUGUGCUCAUUGCCUUGAGAACAUCCCUUCAGCAGAAGCGAGACUUAAAAAACAGAAAUGUGCCAGUUGUUUUGAUUGCCCUAGUUGCCUAAACACACUGUCUACACGAACAACGGUGCAGACGACUCAUAAUCCAGAUGACCCGUCCAAGACAGUUACGCGUAAAGCAUAUUAUUUGUCUUGCGGCUGCUGUCGUUGGACUUCAAGGGAUGUGGGACUAGCCGACCAAACUGUCGCUAGUGGAGCAUGGCCUGAGAAGGAGAAUGUAUUUGCACCUCGUGUGAAUGCUCUCUUGGAAUACUACAAAGCUCUUGCUUUAAGAGAAAAACAAGAAAAAGAGCGCAAGAAGUUUACUCCCAGGAGGAGUUAUCUUGUACUAGAAAAGUAUGCCCUGUCAAAUGUUGGAGCCCGUAAGAGAGUGGGGUUAAGUUCGCUUGGCAGCUCAUUGCCCCUGAAAGAUGAUCCAUCGAAGUUUCCAUCUUUGGAAAGGGCAGUGGCAACUGAAGACGUUGAUGACUUGCCAGCCGAUAUCUUUGAAAAACCUUUAGAUCUGACUAAGAUUACAACACUAACACAGAGGCUUGCUCAGCCAGAGUUUCAGCCUACGAAGGUAUCACAGUUGUAUCCAGCACACAAACAGCUCCUUAUCAAGCGCUCUCAAAGAUGCCGGAGCUGCGAACAUAAUGUCAGCAAGCCAGAAUAUAACCCAGCUUCAAUAAAGUUCAAGAUUCAGCUGUCUGCAUACUAUCAUGUACCAGAAGUACGUAUUGUAACAUGUGAACCUCUGAAGAUUGGUCAGAGAAGUGAAUUCAUUCUGAAGUUGUGUAACCCAACACAGCACCAAAGCACUGUGCAGUUCUUGAUCUUACCUUCUCCUGAUGAAGAUCUAGAGGAAUGGCGGAAAGAAAUGGAAGAAAAGAAGAAGAAACUAGAAAAGAAAGAAUCUGAGAAAGAGGUGACAUUCUCACUGUCGUCAUCACUGACACGACAGUUGUCGAUGACAGAAGAGCCGAAACCUGUCCGUGUUAAUCUCACUGGGGAAGUUGAACUGCCAACAAGCACUGUAAUUCUGCCUCCAAGGGAUGAUGCAGCUGAAUAUGAUGAUUCCGGUGAUACUCAUAACUUCCAAGAUGAUCCCAAAGUUGUUGUAUGGAGAAAGGCAAACAAAGCAGCAGUGAAGCUAGUAGUCAUCCCCACAGAGGAGAGCAAAACUCAUGAUGGAGAGGUGGUUGUCGGUUUUCUGAUGCAGUAUACAUAUGUUAAUACUAUGGCAACUCUUGAACAAAAGGAACCACAGAAAGUUACUCUCAAAGUAAAAAUAUAUGUUACAUUAGGUAAAACUGCUAUUUCUGAAUAAGAUAAUUAUAAAAGGUGCUUAACUGGUAUGGGGUUAUGGGUGUUGCAAUGCUGUGAAUGAAGUAUAAGACGCUGGUCUCUAUCUGUAUUUAUUGUGCAACUUUUUGUUAACUUAUUAAUCAUAUACAGUUGUUAAUUUGUCUGAAUUUGACUGAGCUUUAUGCAACACAGUGUAACAUGCGAAAUUAAUAUAAAAGAUCUAAAAUGAAUAAUGGAGUGACUGUACUUGCCAGUCUUAACAAAAUUAUUUCUAAGCUAGCAAGUAUACAAUAGGGUGCCUACUGUUUCGGUAUUUAUGCUUCCUUGUGUCAAAAGGAAAAUUCAUUUUUAGAAAACUGCAAAAUUGUGAGGAAACAUGAGGCAAAAUUCUAAGUACUGCCAACAGACUCCUUUAAAAGUCGGGACAAAUCUAAACUAGUUCUUGAGACUGUUGGUUUCGUCCUUAGGGCAGAAAGAUGGUUAGGUUGGGAAGGAAGUGCAUCUCACUUGGACCCACCUGUUCCAGGGACUAUGAGAGACAAAAAUAAGGGAAGGUAACAGAGAGAGUAGGCACUCGAAGGUCGUGCAUUGGUAACCACAGUGCCACCUCAGUCCAGAUGAGAUAAGGUAAAACAAGUAGUGCAAUUAAGAACAAAGAAGAAAAUGGAAAAUUCAGGGAAACUAUUUGCUACUUUUAAAAGUCCCAAUUGGCAGUUCUUGGCUUAUGUUUGUUUGGAAGCUGUGACUCAGUUUUAAGAUAUCUAUCAUUCAUUUGUAUGUACCAGUUGGUUUCAUUAUAUUCUCAACGCUUUGGUAAAUGCAACCAGAUUGCUUUUCAUUUUUGAUUUUAUGCUCAGCCCAUACAAACAUAGUAUUAAAGUAUUAACUGACAUUUAUAUAGGAAACUGAUAUUUUGUUUAACAUAAUGUAUUGAUGCAGUCAGAAUCAGCAUUACUGCCUUGAACUUUGUAAUUCUAUGUAAUCAAUAUGAAUCUGCUUGAUGUGAUCACAUUCAGGCUUUCAGCAUUGUGCUUGUACUGAAUAUUUAUUGUGCAAUACAAAAUAUAACAUUUUUUUGCAAACUUACCUUCCGGUAGUUACAGAUGUUUAUUUAACAGUGUUGUGAAAAUGAUUUUCAGCCUGAUAUUGGAAUGUUAUCAUGGCUGACCUGAUACCGCUGAAGGUAGUGUAAUCAUUAAAUUCUUGGCGUACGUGAAUGUGACAGUGAAGGUAUAUGUGAACAAAUAUCUCCUUCGGUAACAACAAUUUUGUCCCCUUAUGCAGUAAGACAAUUUGGAUUCCAUGGCACAGUACUCAGAUUCAUAGCAGUUCCCACGGAAAUUCCAUUCUUACUUAAGCAUUCAUGCCUCUACAAACAUGAAACAAAUUAUUAUAAUAAAACAGUAACUCUUCAGACUUUUGCAGAUUUUUCAGUUCCAGCAGAACAGCUAGAUGUACUGGAAUAUUUUCGAAUUUGCCUCAACACAUUCAAACAAUGAAUUGGUGUUAUUGACGAGAAACAGAUUUCAGUAGCCAACAUUAUGUCUGCACCUGUACAUAAACAUUUCCCAACUUCUUACAUGCAACAUCAUACUCUACAUAGGCAUGUUUACAGUCUUUGUUAGUGGCUGUUAUGGAGGAGGGAUCAGUGUGUGAAGUUUAAAUACAGCGGUCACUGUAGUCAACGCUUUUCAAGCAUUACAUCCAUAUGGAACUACGAGACAACAUGUCGUCAUGGAAACAUCAAGAAGAAAGUUAGAAUACAACUACAGAUUAGAGCCUGUCCUCAGAAACUGUCCUUUGUCAUCAAUAUACAAUCUGCUAGAUGUGAUCACAUUCAGUCUUUCAACAUUGUGUUCGUACUGAAUAUUUGUCUUAUUGUGCAAUAAAAAAAUAUAAUAUUUUU